CCACAGGCUGGAUGAGGAUAAAGGUCCACGCGAACACAAUCUGCCCAGAGAACCAAUCAUUAGCGAAGUCUGGGGGUUAGGUUGAUGGUUCUUUCGGGAGUGCUUCCCUCAACAUGAGGGUCCGUAACUGACUUAGGAUAUUGAACACAGGCUACCUGUUGCUAAAAGUUCAAUAUCCAUUUCCCAGAGAUUCGGCGAGCAGAGCUGGGCGCAAUUACGCACAAGUACCAAUGGCACCGAUUUGGGACAGACGGGCUCCCGCGUUGCUCUUGGUGUGGAGCUACUGCGUCCUGGCGGAUACCGCCUUUACGAACUUUACUCUGGACAACGAGUUCCACUCCAGCUUUAUCCACCGUCGGCUGAAGAGCCAGGAGCGUAGAGAGAUGCAGCGGGAGAUCCUGUCGAUCCUGGGGCUGCCGCACCGGCCGCGACCCCACCUCCACGGAAAGCACAACGCAGCCCCGAUGUUUAUGUUGGACCUGUACAACGCCAUGUCCACAGAGGGGGACGAGGACAGAUACUCAUACCCCUACAAGCCCGUCUUCACCACCCAGGGGCCCCCGAUAGCCAGCCUGCAAGACAACAACUUCUUAAACGAUGCAGACAUGGUGAUGAGCUUUGUCAAUUUAGUAGAGCACGACAAGGAAUUCCUCCCAGUGCGCCGGCACCACAGAGAGUUCAGAUUUGACCUCUCGCGGAUCCCGGAGGGGGAGGCGGUCACUGCUGCUGAGUUACGCAUCUACAAAGACUUCAUCCACGAGCGGUUCGAUAACGAGACCUUCCGCAUCAGCAUCUACCAGGUGCUGGAGGAACACUCCGAUAGAGAGUCCGACCUGAUCCUGCUGGACUCGCGGGUGAUCUGGGCAGCAGAGGAAGGCUGGUUGGUGUUCGACGUGACAGCCACCAGUAACCACUGGGUCCUGAACCCGAGCAGGAACAUGGGCCUACAGCUCGCCCUGGAGAGCACAAAUGGAGAGAGUAUCAAUCCUCGUGUGGCGGGGGUGAUCGGUCGCAGUGGGCCUCAGAAUAAACAGCCCUUCAUGGUGGCCUUCUUCAAAGCAACCGAGGUGCACCUGCGAAGCAUCCGCUCAGCGCCGGGAGGGACCAAACAGCGUAACCCCAACCGCUCCAAGGGGGCAAAGAGCCAAGAGGCACUCCGAGUGGCCAGUGUUGCAGAAAACAGCAGCACUGAUCAGAAGCAGGCGUGUAAGAAGCACGAGCUCUACGUCAGUUUCAGGGACCUGGGGUGGCAGGACUGGAUCAUCGCUCCAGAGGGAUACGCGGCGUACUACUGCGAGGGAGAGUGCGCCUUCCCACUAAACUCCUACAUGAACGCCACAAACCACGCCAUUGUGCAAACCCUCGUUCAUUUCAUUAACCCAGAGACCGUCCCGAAGCCUUGUUGUGCCCCCACGCAGCUCCACGCCAUCUCAGUGCUCUACUUUGAUGACAGCUCCAACGUCAUCCUCAAGAAAUACCGCAACAUGGUGGUCAGAGCGUGUGGCUGCCACUAGACUCUCAGCAUCAUCACACAGACACACAACAUGUAUGCACACACAGGCACACAAACACACACACACACACACACACGUAAAGCUGUUUUAUAAAUUAAUGCAGAAAAUGGAUUUCAAAACAAACUGCGUCUCACAUGCAUUUGAUGAAGGUCCUGAGCAUUUAAGAGAAGUUUCCUGUGUGGGAAAACGCUCUUGUCUCAUUUUCCAGGUUUGUCCUGAGGCAUCAGACUGACGGACAACGCUGUACGAGAGCGGAAGCAGUGAAACAUCUUCGCCUGUAACCUUCAGCUUUCACUCCGUGUAACUGUGUCAAAGGGCGAAGGCUGAACUUCACUCUGUGACACAAAAAGAAAAUUCUUGUUAUUCUUGAGCAAGAAUUUCAAUCAAUUUUAGAUUCCUCACUACAAGUACACACACAUACAUACACACACGUGCACAAACAAACACGCAUACACACACACUCACGUUUGUGCUUUCUACUGUGUAUACAAGACAUUUAAAGCAGUGAUUGUACUGUAUACUCCUUCACAGUCAACAAUAUUUUGUUUAUUUCAACAACUUGUUAUUGUAGUUCAUUCUUUUACUGUAGAUUUUUAUUAUAUAUAUAUUUUAUGACUGAGAGACCCAGAUCGAUGUUCUGAAUUUCUUAUGUGUACAAUACCGUGUAAAUAAUUUUUUUUUCAACAAAAGAAAAAAAGCAAGAAGUGUAUUUAUUUCCUGAAAUGUAACUUGGGUUUGUGUUUUCUCCUGUAUGUAAUGCUGCCUGUUUUCUUUCACUUGAUAGUACACACACACACACUCUGAGGAAAUUAAAACAAAGUUGACGGGAAACUACUUUGACGUUAGCAUGGAGGUCCAAUUCAAAGCACCUCUCUCCGUGUGCGCUUCACGCUGAGGGUAGAGGGGGGGAAUGUUCUGACGACUUGGACCUGUGGAAAUGUCGAGAUCUUUCACCAGUCGAUACAUAAACCUGACGCUUGUUUUGUUUGUUUUUUUAAGCCCACAACAAUCCGCGGAAGUAUUGAGAGAAAAGGGCGAUUUUUUUUCAAAGCCUCUUAUUCUGUGUGCAAAAAAAAAUGUCAGGUUUAUAUUCCUCUGCUGUAAUUCAAUCUGUCAUAUUUAAAAACAAAAAAAAGUCUAUUUAUUGAGAGCUGGCUAAGCUGUUUCUACAUUGUGCUCGGAUAUCUCAAACAUGUUUAACUGCUGAACUGGUACAACAAUAAACUGGGAGAAAA